CAUAAAUGAAUAAACUACUCCAAUAAGCACACCCUUCGCGUAAUCAAAUCCACCGAAAUCCUCUCUCCCCUGUUUUCUCUCCCAGAACACUCCCAGAACACUAACUAAAAUAUGGCUAGCCAAUUUAGCUAUAACUGCCUACGCGCAAGCACACGCGCCGCCCUCUCAGAACCCCGCAUCCCCAAACUCCAAAACCCACAUUUUAUUCUCAUCAAAGAACCUCCAGACCUCAUCAAACUGACUAAAAAAAACAAGCCCAGAAUUCUAAGAAGUACAAGAAUCCAUGUCUCAAGUGGCGGAGACUCGUACUUGGACAUGUGGAAGAAGGCUGUGGAUCGUGACAGGAAGUCCAAAGAAUUUGAGAGGAUUGCGGAAAACAUGGCUAGAGACAGUGAUGAUGAUGUUGGAGAGGCAGAGGAAGAAGAAAAAGUUAGUCAAGAACAGUUGGAGAGAAAAAGCAGCGAGUUUCAGAAGAUUCUUGAUGUUUCUACUGAAGAAAGAGACAGAAUCCAGAGAAUGCAGGUUGUUGAUCGGGCUGCGGCCGCAAUCGCUGCAGCAAGAGCACUUCUUAAGGAGAAUAAGCCGCCAAAGAUGCAGGAAUCCAGUGAAGUGAAGGUUGAGGCUGGUGAAGAUGUGGAGGAUGAUCACAGAGGAGAACAAAAUGGCAACUCUUUGCUGUCUCUAACUGGAGGCACUAGCACUGGAACACCAGGUCCAAAUUUUUGGUCAUGGACGCCUCCCUCAGAAACUGAUGACGCUAUAGAUGGGAUAAAAGCAAAGUUGGACAUGAAGGCUUUUUUAGAUCCUACCAAUAUCAGCCCUGUGAUGGAGAAAGAACAAUCUGCAGACUUUCUCUUACUUCCAUUUGAGAGUAAAAGUUUCCCAAGUAAAGCUCCACUUCCUCCUUUGCAAUCACUUGUGGAAGUUGAGGAACUGGGAGUUUCAAGCUCUGCUGAAGAAACACCUCACCUGGAGGAGGAACAUGAACUUGGUAUUGCCUUUUCAGCUAAUGCAGCUGAAGCUGUGCAGGCUCUUUAUGAGGCAAAAGAAGUAUCAUCCCAGGGCUUUUAUCCAGAUGGAUCUAGAUGGUGGAAGGAUACAGGACUGGAAAGACGGCCUGAUGGAGUGGUUUGCAAGUGGACUCUAACCAGGGGUGUGAGUUCUGACAAAGUUGUAGAGUGGGAAGAGAAAUAUUGGGAGGCGGCUGAUGAGUUUGGCUACAAGGAACUUGGUUCAGAGAAAUCAGGACGUGAUGCUACAGGAAAUGUUUGGCAUGAAUAUUGGAGAGAAUCCAUGAGUCAGGUCAGAAUUGGGCUUGUCCAACUAGAAAAAACUGCAGAUAAAUGGGGAAAGAAUGGGAGCGAUGAGUGGCAGGAACAAUGGUGGGAACAUUAUGGAGCCUCUGGCAAAGCAGAAAAGUGGGCUCAUAAGUGGUGCAGCAUUGAUCCCAACACACCUCUAGAAGCUGGUCAUGCUCAUGUUUGGCAUGAAAGGUAUGGUGAGACGUAUGAUGGGCAAGGCAGUGCAAAGUACAAGUGUGCUGAGUGUUUCGGCUGGGUAUAAAUGGGCGAAAAUGGAGAGAUUUAUUAAUGGAAUGGUGUAAAAAAAGGGACAUGGUGGCAAGGCAAACAUGGAGACCGUUGGAAUCGCACUUGGGGUGAGCAUCAUAACAAUUCUGGCUGGGUGCACAAGUAUGGCAAAAGCAGCAGCGGGGAGCAUUGGGACACUCAUGUACAGCAAGACACUUGGUACGAGAGAUUCCCACAUUAUGGUUUCUACCAUUGUUUUGAGAACUCAGUCCAGCUCCGUGAGGUUAAGAAACCAUCUGAAUGGUUGUGAAAGAAAAGGAUUUGGGUCAACAUUCGCUGCUGAACUCAGAAACACAUCUUCUGGUACUACCUGCAUCCGCAGUUUCUGUUAAAGAACUGUUUGAUCUAGUUAGCUAUGCAGGCCACUACACGUAUUCAACAAUUUUUAGCUGUCAAAUAUGAGGAUUUUCCAAGCACAUAUACCUUUGUUAAUAGAUUGAACUUGUAUGGAUUUUCACAACAUUUUACGUAACCCUUAUAAACCUCUGAUACAGCAACAGAAAUAAAAGAAACUGAGUGCAUUCCUUUAUA